AUGCAUGUUGAAAGAUCACCAUUCCAGCCUGGUGUUCCCACGAGUUUGCUCCAAGCAGUGACGGAGAUGGUGAGGUUCCCAGAAUGCUCUGGGCCUGGCAGCCUCAUCUCCUUUUUCAUCUUCCUCCAGCUGUCCCCCCGGUCUUCAGCUCAGUUGGCCGAAACUGGACCAGCUGAGCCAAUUGUGGUUCUGGUUGGGGAAUAUGCUGAUUUACCCUGUUACCUGGACCCCGAAAUGAAUGCAGAGCACAUGGAGGUGAGGUGGUCCCGGUCUGAGUAUUUUAAUGUCGUGCACCUAUACGAUGAAGGGGAGGACCAGGAUGGAGAGCAGAUGGAGGAGUAUCAAGGUAGAACGAUGCUGGUGAGAGAUUCCAUCACUGAUGGACGUGUGAUUCUGAGACUAUACAAUGUCCGUAAGUCUGAUGAGGGACAGUACCUCUGCUUCAUUAGAAGCCCAGAACAUUUCUCUCAAGCCACCCUGGAACUGAAAGUGGCAGCUCAGUUUACCGUGAUUGGACCUGAUAAGCCCAUAGUGGCCCUGGUGGGGGAAGACAUCGAGUUACCCUGUCACCUAGUCCCCAAGAAAAGCACUGAGCACAUGGAGGUGAGGUGGUUCCGAUCCAAAUUCUCCCAGGCUGUGCACGUUUAUCAAGAUGGCCAGGACCAGAACAGAGAACAGAUGAAGGAGUAUCGAGAAAGGACGGACUUAGUGAGAGACUAUGGCCAUGUGACUCUGAGACUAUAUGACAUCAGAGUGUCUGAUGAGGGAAGAUAUCGCUGCUUUUUCCGAGAUGGCCGAAUGCACGAUGAAGCCACCGUGGAGCUGCAGGUGGCAGUUGAGGGCACUGGGCCUCGGCUCCACGUUAAGGGGCACACGGACCAAGUGCUCGUUCUGGAGUGUGAGUCGUCCGGAUGGUACCCAGAGCCUGAGCUGGAGUGGAGAGACGACAGGGGGAGGGUCAUCCCGUCGCAAUCUCUGCGCCGACUCCGAGCCGGAGAUGGCCUGUACAUUGUGGCCGCGUCUGUGGCAGUCCCGUUCCACUUCGUGAGCCAGAUGUCCUGCUCCGUCCGGAACCCCCUCCUCUGGGGGCGAAAGGUGUCAGCGAUUUCCAUGACAGAAGACAAUUGGUUGGUGUCACCUACAAACGUGAUUCUGUCUGUGCUGAUGGUUGUGACCUCUCUCUUUUAUCUCAUCGAGAAGCUGAACGCUGCAGUCUUCUGCUUCUUUUGCGCCUUCCUGCCUGUCCUGGGCCUGGUGGCUGGUUUGAUCGUCUACUUCAUCUAGAAACUUCUGGAGGAAAAAUCAAUUUUGUGGAAAAAAAGAUGUAAGAUAAGUGAUUUCUCCUCUUUCGAGAGCUGACUGUCGUUGAAGAGCCAACUGGUGGGUUGCUAGGAUACGGAGAACACCUCCAGCAUGAACAGUACAGUCAUCGUCCCUGAUGGUCGCUAUCAUCGUCACCAUCUCCAUCUCAUCAGAAUCAGCAGAUCAUCAA